AUGCCUGUCGCUGCAGGACACGAUGUUCAGACCACUAUGAACUACUAUAAACCUCUUGACGGUGGAGCAGAAGCCCCCUACCUCUACAUCUACGAACCUCCUCCUGGCGUGGAAAAGACGAACAUUGGACUCCAAGAACGUCCGGUUGUCGUUCACGACGUUCGCCACAUGACAAUGGAGACCGAUGCGUCGCUUGACGUUCAUGGAUUUCGAUAUGUAAAGCGGGAGAGUGCAGAGAAGGAGUUUGUGGACGAGGAGAGGAUUCGGGAUGUGUAUUAUCGAGAGGCUGAGGAAUUGCUGAAGCGCGAGGUCCCUGGUGCGAAGAGCGUCUAUAUUUUCGACCAUACCAUUCGGCAAGUCGUCUCAUUUGAUCCGGUCAUGAGAGGUAACGGACGUGGCCCGACUCAACGCGUCCACGUCGACCAAACCUUCGAAGCCAGCGCUAAACGAGUCCGUCGCCAUCUCCCCGAACGAGCCGACACCCUCCUCCAGUCUCGUUUCCGCCUCAUCAACAUAUGGCGUCCGAUAGCCAAUCCCGUCGCACACACCCCCCUCGGCAUCGUCGACUGGCGUACCAUCGACCCCUCGCGCGAUCUCGUGGCUUCUAGACACAUAUAUCCGACCUUCGAAGGCGCUACAUUCAACGUCCGGCCAAACGAGAACCACAAAUGGUGGUACAUGUCGGAGCAGACGCCGGAUGAGUGUUUGUUGAUCAAGUGUUAUGAUUCGGAGGAGCGGGAUGGAGUGGCGAGAGCUGUGCCACAUUCGGCGUUUGUCGAUCCUGGGACUGAUGAGGGUAAGGCUAGGAGGCAGAGUAUCGAGUUGCGGUGCUUGGUGUUCGAUACGGAGUGA